UGAUCAGAGAUGGGAAAACCCAAUUGUCCUUCUGCUUCAAUCCACCAUUUCAGUCACCCACAUCCCCUGGAAUUACAGGUAGGCAUGAAUGUUAUAGUUUCAUGCUCAGGUUGCAAAUUGAAUGCUUCUGAUACAUUCUACUCCUGCAAGACCUGUAAUUACACCCUUCACAUCUCCUGUUCUAAAAUGCCUCAACAAAUCACUCAUCCUGCAGACCCAAAUCACACACUCUCUCUCCUCUCUGUUCCUGCAUACCAAGAAGGGUUUUUCAAUUGUGAUGCUUGUGGUCGAAUAGGGAAUGGUUUCUCCUACCAUUGCAAAGCCUGCAACAAAGAUAUACACACCCUUUGUGCUAUUAAGCCAUUGUCCAUUAAUCAUCAAUCCCAUCAUCACCCACUCACCCUCACCUUCUCACCUCCUUACCAGAACAAGGGCUUCUCUUGUGAUAUAUGCAAGCAGGUGGGCUUAAAUCAUUGGCUCUACAGGUGCAAUUUAUGUGAAUUCGAUGCUCAUCUGGGUUGUGCAAGCACAAAGCCCAAAUUACUUCCACAGAUUCAAACUCAGACUCAACCCAUUAAUCAACAAACAGUACAGAGAACUGUAAUUCCUCAGUAUCAAAAUGGGUCUCAAUUUGUGCCUUCUUACAUGCCUUCAAACAUGAAUAACCCAAACCCAAACCCAAAUCAGGUUAUGUUUGGAGCUGCUGUUGGGCCUAAUCAUAGAAGUGUGCAACAGGGUAAUGGUGUUUUCAGCAAUCUGUUUCAGAGAAGCACAUACAUGCCUUCAAACAUGAAUAACCCAAACCCAAAUCAGGUUGUGUUUGGAGCUGCCAGGCCUAAUCAGAGUAGUGUGCAGCAGGGUAAUGGUCUUUUUGACAAAAUGCUUCAGAGUGCAGCAACUGGUGCAGCUUCGCAGUUCGGUAGGUCUGUAGUGCAAGAUAUUAUGGGUGGAGGUGCGAAUCACCAAGGCGGCGGUGGUGGUUUUGGUGGUGGUGCUACUGAUUUUGGUGACAAUUGGAAUGGGGGAACAGAUUUUGGUGGCAGUUGCAAUGGGGGAAUUGAUUUUAGUGGUGGUACCUAUGAUUGUGGUGGAGAUUUUUCAUCAAGCUUUGAUGUGAAUGGAGGAUAUGGGAAUUGGUCAGGUAACUAA